AGGGGGGGUGGAGGAAGCAGGAGAAGCAGGAGAAAACAACUUCCCGGUUUCUUUUAGCAGCUUAAGAAAUUCUCUGGGGGUCUGGGGGAGCUUUCAAGUUGCUUUAUUUUGGUUAGUCCCCGAGACCUGUGACUGGUGCGGCAGAGCCACGAGGAGGAUAAACAGCGAUUUAUCUUGCCCUUAUGGGUCAGGGACCGGCUGUUUAGAAGGAAGCCAGCCUUUCAACUGGCCCAGGCCAUUCCCACAGCAACUCAGAUGGUAGGUCGGGAGGCUGUGUCCUUCCCUCCUCACCAGAAACUCAGUCAAGUGGGCAACAGCCUGAAGAUGGCUAAUUACACGUCAGCACCAGAGGAUGAGUAUGAUGUCCUCAUCGAAGACAAUCUGACUAACAACGAAAUAGAACCAUGCACCUCAUAUGACCCCAAGAUUCUCUUGGUCCAGCUGGUGCCUCACCUCUACACCACGUUGUUCAUCGUUGGCCUUCUGGACAAUAUCUUGGCUGUGCUUAUCCUGGUAAAAUAUAAAGGACUGAAGUAUGUCGAAAAUAUCUAUUUCCUCAACUUGGCAAUUGCUAACUUGUGUUUCGUGCUCACCUUGCCAUUCUGGGCUUACACAGCCUCACAUGGUGGGGUUCUUGGAAACCCCCUGUGUAAAAUUCUCGUGGUAUUCUAUUCCACAGGCCUGUACAGUGAGGCAUUUUUCAAUGCCCUUCUGACUGUGCAAACCUACUGUAAGUUUUUCGAUGUGAGGUUUUUCUCUGCCUCCAGGACAGUGGCUGGCAGCACCAUCACAAUGGCUUGGGUCGUAGCCAUUUUGGUCACUUUGCCUGAACUUGUGUUUUACAAACCUCAGCUGGAAAGCCAGAAAUACAAGUGCUUCCUUAGCAGACCUCACUUCCUUCCAGCUGAUGAGACAUUCUGGAAGAAUUUUCUAACCUUAAAGAUGAAUAUUUUGGGAUUUCUCUUGCCACUGUUUGUUUUUGUAGUUUGCUACAUGCGAAUGAGGAAAACACCAAGGUUCAGGGAAGCAAGGCAUGACAUUUUCAAGCUUGUUUUCACCAUAAUGGUUGUUUUCCUUCUGAUGUGGGGCCCCUACAAUAUUGCGCUUUUCCUGUCUGCUUUCAACAAACACUUCUCCCUGCAUGACUGUGACAGCAGCUAUAACCUGGACAAAAGCGUUCAGAUUACGAAAAUCAUCGCCACCAUCCACUGCUGUGUCAACCCUCUCCUCUACGUGUUUCUCGACGAUGCCUUUAGGAAACACCUCCGCCGCCACCUUUGCUGUCUGUGUGAUGACACUGCACCUCAACCCACUGAGGAAUAUGCCCAAGACACAUCAAGGGGAGAACAUCACCUUUCCACUAACAUGUAAACUAGCUCCUGUCCUUUGGGUGAGAUAA